AUGUCAAAAUCUCUUGAAAAUGAGCAUCUCAUGCAUGAGAACAAGGUGCUUCCUCCAGCCAAUUGGGCAGCAAACCACCCUUCCAAGCCAAGUCUCGCAUCUUUCGAAGAGUACGAAGAGCUUUACCGACACUCAAUAAAUGAUCCAGAAGCCUUUUUCGGGGAACAAGCGAGAAAAGAAUUGUCCUGGUCCAGAGACUUUGAUUUGGUAAAGUACCCAAAGACCGGGUUUAACGCCUCCUGGUUUCUCAACGGUCAACUCAAUGCAUGUUACAAUUGUGUCGACAGACAUGCGUUUGCCAAUCCCGAUAAACCAGCAAUCAUUUACGAAGCCGAUGAGCCCAACGAGGGGAGUAUUAUCACUUAUAGCGAACUAUUGGCCAAGGUUUCUCAAUUGGCCCAAGUUCUCGUGAGUUUGGGGGUCAGAAAAGGUGAUACCGUCGCCGUUUAUUUGCCAAUGAUCCCUGAGGCGGUCAUCACCAUUUUGGCGAUCACCAGAAUUGGGGCGAUCCAUUCUGUGGUGUUUGCUGGGUUUUCUAGUGGCGCCUUAAGAGAUCGGAUCAAUAACGCUGAUUCCAAAAUUGUCAUCACUGCUGACGAAUCAAAAAGAGGAGGCAAAAUCAUCGAAACCAAGAAAAUUGUCGAUGAGGCCUUGAAAGAAGCCCCACAAGUUAAAAAUGUUAUUGUUGUCAAAAGAACUGGCAAUCGCCACGUCCCAUUCAAUGCCAAUGGAAGAGACCUUUGGUACCAUGACGAGAUUGUCAAGUUUAAAACUUACUUCCCACCUACCCCAGUCAACUCUGAAGACCCAUUGUUCUUAUUAUACACUUCUGGCUCCACUGGCAAGCCAAAGGGGAUCCAACAUUGCACCGCUGGCUAUUUGUUGGGCGCAUUAUUAACCACCAAGUACACUUUUGAUGUUAAUCCAAAUGACAUUCUCUUUACUGCUGGUGAUAUUGGCUGGAUUACUGGUCAUACCUACGUCAUUUAUGGUCCACUAUUGAAUGGUGCUACGACUGUGGUGUUUGAAGGCACACCAGCGUACCCAAAUUUUUCAAGAUAUUGGAAGAUUGUCGAACAGCACAGAGUCACCCAAUUCUACGUUGCCCCAACCGCACUUAGAUUGUUGAAAAAAGCCGGGGAUAAAUUUAUCGAGGGUCAUGAUUUAUCUUCUUUGAGAUCCUUGGGGUCUGUUGGUGAGCCUAUUGCCCCAGAAAUUUGGGAAUGGUAUAAUGAAAAGAUUGGCCAAGGAAGAUGUACUAUUCAAGAUACCUAUUGGCAAACCGAAACCGGGAGUAUUGUCAUUACUCCAUUGGCAGGAAUCACCCCAACUAAGCCAGGAUCGGCUUCUUUGCCAUUUUUUGGUAUUGACGUUGCCAUCUUGGACCCAACUACUGGCAAGGAAUUGCAAGGAAAUAAUGUCGAAGGGGUGUUGGCGAUCAAACAAGCCUGGCCAUCCGUCACCAGAUCCAUCUGGGGAGACUUUGGUCGGUUCAACGAGACAUACUUUAAGCCUUAUCCUGGAUACUUUUUCACUGGCGAUGGCGGGGCGCGUGACAAGGAUGGGUUUUAUUGGGUUUUGGGAAGAGUUGAUGACGUUGUCAAUGUUAGUGGUCAUAGGUUGUCUACCGCGGAAAUCGAAGCGGCAAUCAUUGAAAAUCCUUUGGUUGCUGAAAAUGCCGUCGUUGGAUACUCGCAUGAUUUGACUGGCCAGGCCAUUGCUUCAUUUGUCGCAUUGAAGAACAAAAAUUUGUCGGGCACUCAAGUGGAAGAUGCUAAAAAGCAAAUCAUAUUGGGGGUCCGCAAAGAAAUUGGCCCUUUUGCUGCUCCAAAGGUGAUUUUCAUUGUCGAUGAUUUGCCAAAGACCAGAAGUGGGAAGAUCAUGAGACGUAUUUUACGGAAGAUUUUGGCUGGUGAGGAAGAUCAAUUGGGGGAUACUUCAACUUUGAGCAAUCCUCCAAUUGUUCAGCAUUUAAUAGAUGCGGUGAAAUCCAGUAAGAAGUGA